UAGGCCGUCUCGUCGUUGUUGGUAAUCAAGCCUACCACUGUAGUGUCAUCCGCAAACUUGAUGAUUGAGUUGGAGGCGUGCAUGGCCACGCAGUCGUGGGUGAACAGGGAGUACAGGAGAGGGCUCAGAAAGCACCCUUGUGGGGCCCCAGUGUUGAGGAUCAGCGGGGUGGAGAUGUUGUUACCUACCCUCACCACCUGGGGGCGGCCCGUCAGGAAGUCCAGGACCCAGUUGCACAGGGCGGGGUCGAGACCCAGGGUCUCGAGCUUGAUGACGAGUUUGGAGGGUACUAUGGUGUUAAAUGCUGAGCUGUAGUCGAUGAACAGCAUUCUCACAUAGGUAUUCCUCUUGUCCAGAUGGGUUAGGGCAGUGUGCAGUGUGGUUGCGAUCUGUUUGAUUCGUGGUUCCGUCAGUCCUGACUCCACCGGUAACCUGUAUGUUGGAAAGGAGAGUCAGCCAUCCUUCACAGCAGAGAUCUGGAAAGAAAAAAGCAAAUGUUCCAAACAGUGGUUCUGUAGAUUCAAUGUAACUGAGAGGGAUAUUAUCAGAACUCUACAGUCAGUGAGGCUUAAGGAGGUAAACUUUGACUACAGAGUGAGCUCAGGACCAAACUCUCUCUCUCCACGCAGUGAUGGGAAAAGCUUUGCACGUGAGUCAUUAUCUAAACAAAUCUAUCAGGGCUGCAGGUCUUCAUGAUCUGACUCACUUUGAUUUUAGCAUCUUCUUAGUAUGACUAUCUUCAUUCUGACCAACUAACUAAAUACCACAUUUCAAUCCCAAAUGAUUUUAGAUCUGGUGGGAGUUCACAUCAGUGAUCCAACAACUAUACAGACACCUUCUAUGGCAGUGGGUUUGACUCCAGGUCCUAGAUCUACUUUGCUUCCCAGCACGACAGUGAGUCCUACAGAAGACACCACAGUGACACCAACUACCAGGUCGACUGUUUGCUGUACUUUGACCACUGACACCCCAGCCAGUCCAACUGAAAGAGGUCAAAGCUCCACAGAAAGUGAUGUGGAAUCAAACAGUCAAGAAAGCAUUCUGGUGGGGCAAAUAUGGCAGGCAGCAGUGAGUGUGGCUUCUGGAGUGGGCGUGCUCCUGGUAGGAUUGACAGCUGUCUGUCUCUGCAGGAGGAUCAAGAAAACCAAUUCUCAGAGACCUACAGCCAGACAGGAUGAUCACAGCCAAUAUGAUUUGGUGUCUAUGGGAGCGGUGAGCAGCGGAGUCAUGGUGGAUUCAGGAGAUGCUGGAAUCGAUUCUCAGAUCACUUCUGUACUGUACACGUUCAUGCCCUCAGGUUUGUCCCUCAGAUCUCGGGAUCAUCUGCAAGUGCACAGCUACUGUACAUGCUUGAACUUUGUGCCUAACCUUAUCCACCAUAUCAAAAUGCAUAUAUGACACUUAAAACAGAAAUGAAUGUGUCCGAGCAUCAGCAGCGUGAGAAUAGAGCUGUAGAUCUGCAGGGGAGUUAGAGACAUAAGGAGAAGUGUGAAAUGACAUCAAGCCCUGUUACUUGCACUUCUUCUGUUUGGCUGUUACUAACGCAACAGGGCAAACUCGACUAAGUAACACACAUGCAAUGUAGACAUGUAAUAUACACAUGACCCACCCUCAAACACACUCAUACAUACAUACACAACCUCUUACUCAUGGAAUUGUCUCUCUCUGUGAUGUGCAAGUCCUGUUGAUCUGGAUACACAGGCAUUUGCAAAUGAACAUGUAAGUACAGCACAAAUAAUUGCAUGGAGUAUAGAUAUAUCGUUGUACAGUUCAUUGUAUCAUAUUGUUAUAUUGUUAUAUGUAGCACUGUUUUCACAGACAGACUGACUAGAGGAUUAAAGUAUCUCUCUCUCACUUCUGACAACACUUUAGGGGCUCCCGAGUGGCACUGCAUCUCAGUGCUAGAGGUGUCACAACAGACACCCUGGUUCAAAUCCAGGCUGUUUCACACCAGGCCGUGAUUGGGACUCCCAUAGGGCGGCAUACAAUUGUCCGGGUUUGGCCGGUGUAGGUAGUCAUUGUAAAUAAGAAUUUGUUCUUAACUGAUUUGCCUAGUUAAAUAAAGGUUAAAUAAACGUUUAAAAAGUCA